CCGUACUCGGCUCCCCCGCCUCUUCGUGCUCCCCCUCACGCAGCACGCGAUGUCGACGAGGUCGUAUAGGGAUGCGGUGGACUGCCUGAACUCGCUGCAGUCGAACGCGGCGGCGCUGGAGGCCGUGCGCGCGUCGGGUGGCCGGCUGAGCGAGUUUGCGAUCCCGGAGAUGGUCGAGUAUCUGGAGAGGAUUGGGUAUAAGACGGAAGACCUGAACGCGUUGAACGUGGUGCAUAUCACGGGCACGAAGGGGAAGGGCUCGACGAGCGCGUUUACCGACUCGAUCAUACGGGAAGCUGUACCGCAGUGGAAGAUCGGCCUCUAUACGUCUCCCCACCUUGUCGCGGUGCGCGAGCGCAUACGAGUCAAUGGGCAGCCGAUAUCAGAGGAUGACUUCGCAAAGUACUUCUUUGAAGUGUGGGAUAGGCUGCAGGCCAACACCGAGAGGAAGUUCCCCAGCACCACCGUCAUGCCAGGGUACUUCCGCUUUGUCACCCUCAUGGCCUUCCACACCUUCCUGCAAAUGAAGGUUGAUGCGACCAUCUUGGAGGUCGGUGUCGGGGGCACGUACGACAGCACGAACAUCGUACCAAAGCCUGUGGUAGCCGGGGUGACAGCACUGGGCAUUGAUCAUGUCGCUGUGUUGGGGAAGACCCUGCGAGAUAUUGCAUGGCAAAAGAGCGGCAUCUACAAGGAAGGCGUGCCUGCCUUGACUGUAGAUCAGCCGCCAGAAGGCAUGGAGGUCCUUCAGCAGCGCGCGCAAGAGUUGAAGGCGUCCAGCUUCACCGUCGUGCCGCUCAUGCCAGGCUUGUCCAAGGUCAAGCUAGGGCUCCCCGGCACUCACCAGUUGCAAAACGCCAACCUAGCCGCCCACCUUGCGCACGAAUUCCUGGCAGCCAAGGGCGUCGUUCCCCGAGAAAGCGAAGUCCUCUCCCCUCCCGUUGUCCGCGGUCUUCAGAAGGCGCGCUGGCCAGGACGUUGUCAGACCGUGCAAGACCCCAAGUACCCCGUCACCUGGUACCUCGAUGGCGCGCACACCGUGGAAAGCCUCGAGUGCUGUAUGCAGUGGUACACCUCGCCGCGUGUUGGCCUCACUGCGUCGCCUGAAGUCGAUCCAGAGUUGCAGCUGCCGGAAGCUGGGUGGUUCUCCGCGUUGGCGAAGCGGUGGAGGAUACCUGGGCUGUCGGUUGCGCCUGCGAAGCCUUCACGCGUGUUGAUCUUCAACUGCACUAGCGGUCGUGCUGGGCCGUCGUUCUUGGGCACGAUGUUGGAGAAGGUCGCCGCGCAGCUGAAGUUGCAUGGGCGCGAGGGGGAAUCGUUGUCGACGUUCUUUGACCGUGUUGUCUUCUGCGCGAACGUCACUUAUGCGGAUGGCGGGUUCAAGGGCGAUCUAACGACCAAGGCAAUCCCUGAAUCCGACCUUGCCGAGUUGAAGACUCAGCAGCAGUUGGCGAGCGCAUGGAGGGAACUUGUACCCGACUUCCCAACAGAGCGUGUUCAUGUCUUGCCUUCCAUCGAGCAUGCCGUGAAGAUUGUGCGCUCUUCCGGAGCUAACCAGGUUCUGGUCACUGGCAGUCUGCAUCUCGUUGGCGGUGUCAUCGAGGUGGCGGGGCUGUCUGAUGUUGCGCUAUAGACUCUCUUGCAUCCCAUAGAUAUUUUGUGCUGUACGUCCGCCGCGCUGCCAUCAUUCUAGCCCGCAUAUCUAGAGGGCCUCAUCUACUCACACCUUCAACAGGGUAAUUUAUCUGUAUCAUGUUACUUACGCUCAACGCAUGUACUCGCUUUGUCGCACUACGCAUCCUUUUUGGCUACCCGGGUUCCUCUC